AUGUCCAAGAAAGUAGCAAUAAUCGGCGCCGGCCCCUCAGGUCUAGUCACAGCCAAAACCCUUCUUCACCAUUUCCGCGGAACAUUCUCUCCAAUCAUCUUCGACUGCCAGGACAAAGUCGGGGGUCUGUGGUCAAGUCAUUCUUCCAUCAAUGGCCGCGUUACACUAGACCCUCGAAUGAGGACAAACCUCAGCCGCUUCACCGUUGCUUUUUCAGAUCUUGCCUGGGAGUCGGUGAUUCCCGAUGUUCCGACUUUUCCUCAGGCGGCACAGAUUGGAGAGUACCUGGCCUGUUAUGCGGAGCGCUAUGUUCCAGACCAUGUGCUUAGGUUAGGGUGUAGAGUUGUAAGAACUAUACGGAAGGUUGAGGGUGGUCAGCCGAAGUGGAAUGUUCAGUGGGUUCGGGAGAGUGCGGGUAAAGCUCAGCAGGAAUAUGGAUUACAGGACGACGAGGUAUCUUCAGAAGAUUUUGACCUGAUUGUCAUCGCCUCCGGAUAUUUUGCCGAACAGUAUGUUCCAGAUAUACCAGGUCUGACGCAAUUCCAAGGCCAAAUCAUCCACAGUUCUUCCCUCCACUAUAAGCGAGAAGAGCUACUUUCUAAUGAAACCAAAAAUGUGGGUGAGAUCGUCGUCGUUGGUGGCAGCAUGUCAGGCGUCGAAGCUGCGUCGGCUGUGGCUCUCCACCAGUCCUCAUCUACACUUUCCAAUGGAAUCCCACAUACCCAAGAGACAAAAGUGCAUCAUAUACAUUCAAGACCAUUCUGGACUUUACCAACUUAUCUCCCCCACGAGUCUCCAGACGGGAGUCUAUCAUUUCUACCUUUGGAUUUAGCCAUGUACGACCUAGGCCGUCGACCACCCGGUCCAAUAGAGUACACCCUGGGCCCGAUUCCGGAAGAAAGAGCAGUUAAAAUGAACAGUAACUUCCACACAUUACUCGGCAGCGACUAUGAGAAAUACGGGCACAUGGAUUCACCCCAUGGCGCCUCCAGAAUCCAGCCACCGUGGGUCGCCAUCGGCAACGACUACGCCGAGUUCGUCCGAUGCGGCGCGAUUCAAACAUCAAUGGGCCGAGUGACUUCUAUACACUCUAAUCCGGAUACUAAAAAAUCAUCACUUCAUUACGAAGGACCCGACGGUGUGACCAAGACAAUAGAAAAUGUGGCUACAAUUAUCAUGGCCACCGGAUUCACACCGUACAAAUCUCUAUCACUACUACCAGAUGAAGUAUUGGCGACCCUCGAAUACUCCAAAACGGAUCCCUUCUCCCCGCUGAUCCUCGACAAGGGAGGCACCAUCCACUCGGAGAUCCCGGACAUCGGAUUCGUCGGAUUUUACCGCGGCCCGUACUGGGGCGUUAUGGAAAUGCAAGCACGGUUCCUCGGAAAACUAUGGAGUGGAGGCAACACUUUCCGCGAAACAGACCAGAAGCAAAGUCUUCGCAGUCUCAGACUGGCGGAUCUAGACCGCGGUCAGUUCCCAAUGGCUGACUAUGUCGGAUUGAUGGAGUCGUUCGCCAAGGAUCUGGAUAUUAGUCGUUCGGCAUUGCAAGGUGAUAUCCGGUCUGGACCUGCUAUUCCUGCUAGAUAUCUUUAUGGCGAUACGCCGGGGCAGUGUGAAGUGGAUAGGACGUUGGAUGCUUUGCGCGACGCUCUUGUCCCUAGCCAUCAGGUGGCGAUGGAGGGUGCGGCGUCGGCUAUUUUCCGGGCUUUGCAUGGGACUUGGAAGUCUGUGCAGACGGGUAGAUGCGAAGUAUAUGGGUCUCUGACUUUUUACCCGCGGUACCCGACUACGUUGGCUUAUAAUAUGGAGUAUGUCUGUGUGGAGACAUGGAGAGAGAGGCGAGAUAAUGUGUGGUUCAUGCGGUUGGUAGAGGUGGGAUUUGAUAUUGCCACUUCCCGAAUUGAGGUAUGGUCAUCGGGCUUGGCCGAUGAACUAUCAGCUGGUCGACUUACCCAGAUUUUGGAAUUGAUGCCACUCUGCCGAGAGGCGAAAAAUGGGGAGAAUAUCCCCGAAGGGUAUGUGAUAUCCGCGAAGAGUGUUGAUUUGGCUUCUGGGAUUGAGUAUUUGUACACUUUUCAUUUCAAGGGGGUUUCCAUCUUGUCUUGGGAAUGUGUUGAAGUCGGUGUAAGCAAAGGGAAGCGCUAUUCGUACAUAAGAGACUGA